CGUUGCUGUCGCCGCGACUGCCAUUGUGCCGUCGUGCUGCGCGUUGCGUUCGUUGGGUUGCGUGCGUUGCGUUGCGCUGCCGCGGACACCAAGACCGCCAGCAGCUAGCCAGCAGCCCUCCGGCUCCCUUCGGUCCGCGGCCCUCUCCACCCCGCUUCGAAAGUGGCCGUCCCCGCGCACCGCGACCGCGCCAACGCCCGACAUGACCAAGGCCCAGGUCGGCGUGUUGCUGGCCCUCGCGGCCCUGCUCGCCCCCGCGGCCCCCGCAGCCCCGCCGACUCCGGGGGGUUCCCUCCGCGAAGACGGCGCCCCCUGUCCGCCGUGCCACUGCAAGGAUGACACCCUGGACUGCACGGGGCUGCCCGCGCCGCGCGACGCGUCCUGGAUGCAGGCCUUGACCGGGUGGAACGAGACGGGCCUGACCAAGGUGUUGCUGGACGGCGUGCUGCCGUCGGCCACCCUGGCGCCGCUGCCCGCCAUGCCCGGGGUCAGCACUCUGUCGUUGCGUAACAACGGCCUGACCGACAUCGCCUCGGGGGCGUUCUUGGCGCUGUCCGGGCUCCGUGCGCUGGACCUGGCGCACAACAAGCUGACUGCUGACGCGGUGCGCGCCGACGUGCUGCGGGGCGCUUGGCAGGAGGACAGCUACGAGCCGCUGUCGCUGACGUCGCUGGACCUGUCCCACAACGACCUGCACUCGCUGCCCCGCCGCGCGCUGGAGCACACCAAAGCCCUGCGCGUGCUGCGUCUGGACGGCAACCCGCUGCGCGUGCUGGACCACAACACGCAGGCCGCGCUGGCCGGCGCCGAGUCGCUGCAGGUCCUCGGGCUGUCUGGCUGCGGGCUGGCCGCGCUGCCGGCCGACGCGGCCCUGGGGCUGCCGCGCGUGCUGCACACCCUGGACGUGUCGCGGAACGCGCUGACGGCCGUGCCGCGCGGGCUGCCCUCCACGCUGCGCCGCCUGGUGCUGGACGCCAACCCCGUCCGCACGCUGCCCGCCGGCGACUCGCUGGUGCCGCCCUUCCUGCACCUGGACAACCUGGAGGAGCUGUCGCUGUCCUACAUGCCGAUCCUGGAGGAAGUGCAGGUGGCCGCCUUCUUCGGGCUGCCCCGCCUGCGCGCGCUCAGCAUGGCCCACAACAAGGCCCUGCGCCAGGUGCACCCCGCCGCCUUCAGCCACCUCGGCCCCAGCUGGACGCUCACUGAGGUGUCGCUCCGGAACAACAGCCUGCGGUCCCUGCCGCCCCGGCUGCUGGCCUGGGCAGGCCUCACCUUCCUGGACGUCGCCGACAACCCCUGGCACUGCUCGUGCAACUUCACGACCUGGGCCGCCGCCUCGCUGAAAGGCGUCAACGUCAACACCCGCGACCGCGUAAGGUGCUCCAGCCCGGCCGAGCUGUCGGGGCAGCCCCUCUGGGACGCCUCGUCGACGGCGUGCUCGCCCGAGCUACGCGACGGCAUCCCGCCAGGGCAGCCGUCGCUGUUCGCCAACGCGCUCCUGUUCGUCAUGACGGCCUCGCUGGUGGUGCUGGCCGUGAUGGUGGUGCGUCGCCUGCUCCCGGACCGACCGCCCCGCCUGUACGGGCGCGCGGCCCUGGCGCGCUCCAGCAGCGUGUCCAAGGACCCGCUGUACGAGGCCGCCGCCGUGGACGAGGAC